AUGGCGACUCCAGUCCAAGAAAAUCUCAUCACUUCGAAUAAGUCAUACGCUGCUAAUUUCGAUAAAGGCCACUUGCCUCUUCCUCCUGGAAAGCGAUACACAGUUGUAACUUGUAUGGACGCGCGAAUUGACCCAGCCGCAGCUUUUGGGAUUGAUCUUGGAGACGCACAUGUGAUUCGCAACGCAGGCGCGUCUGCCAAAGAUGCUCUUCGUUCGAUCGUGAUCUCUCAGCAGCUCCUUCAAACACAGGAGGUACUGCUGGUUAAGCAUACUGGCUGCGGGAUGCUCACGUUCCAGAACAGCGAUGCUACCUCGAUCGUUGAGAAGAAUCUAGGCCCAGAAGCUGUAACAGCUGUGAAAGACCAGUUUGGAGGAGACUUCCUCCCAUUCAAGAACUUGGAGGAACAGGUUAAAGAGGAUGUUGCGUGGCUGAAAGAAAACAAGGCGAUUGGGUCAAACGUGACCGUAAGUGGCUGGGUCUACGAUGUUACAACUGGCAAGGUGAAGAACGUUUGA